AAGCCCGAGUCUUCAUAGCAAUUAAUUUCCUUGUGUAUGAGAAUCGAGGACCUGUCGAGGACCUGUGAGAACCAGAGAUAGAAUCUGCUUGUAUUGACGUACCAAACUUCCGUUUUCGCUGCAUCAAGAUGGAUUACUCGCUGUAUUCCCUUCAAAAUGUUCUCUCUGUUGCCAAAGUACACCCAUUCUUCAACGACAGCAUACAAUAUCCUCUUGGUAAAGAUGCUCUCCGGGAAUAUGUCAAGAAGGAAGCAGCACAUGCGUCUGAUAUUGCAGAAUGGCCACUGCUUCGGAAGAAAACCCUCUACAACACCAUUGCACGACUUGUAAAUGAUGUACGGCCAGAAAACACCUACCGGCACGCCAUGUACGCUAGUAUCACUGGCGGCGGAUUUGGUUCAAAGCCGCUCUUCUUCGCAACGGAUGCCGACGAAAAUAGAAACCAAAGAAAACAAUUCGGCAGACUAAUAAAAACUUGCGGUAUUAUUAGACACGGUGAUUGGGCCCUCACCGUACAUGCGGCGGGCGAACUUUAUCGAUCCCUAGAUCUAACGCUGGAGGUUUUGGAAAAUGCUGGCGCAUGUGUGCUUGGCGCUGCCAAUCGAAUGCACCCUGACGAUAUUGUGAAGCUGCUUAUCAAAUACAAUGUCAACAUCUUGACGGGAGACAGUAGCCAGAUGGUGUAUCUAGCAGGUUUCAUCUCCACACAUCCGGACCGCGCCAAGCUCAAAUUGAACAAGAUUAUCUAUACUUCGGAAGUCCUAACAAUAUCGCAGAGAGGGUUUAUCAAAGCUAUACUUGGAGACAUCAAGAUAUGCUCGUUCCUGGCUAGUGCAGAAGCCGGUCCAUGGGCUGUUUGCAACCCAGACGUCACUGGCGAAGUCACAGAGAGUGCCGCUGACUUCAUCUACGACAAGAGAAGUAUGUUGCUGCAAGUGUUCCCUCUGUCUGCUGCAUUAGAAGACCCGGAGGGCCUGACGCCUUUGUUGCAAGGCGAGCGCGGCAUCAUUGUGCAGACAUCCCUUGCUCGCCUGCGUAAUCCGCUUGUGCGCUAUGUAACUGGUGAUAUUGGGUCUCUACACCCACUACCAGAAGCGGCACGGCGCUUGAUUCCCGCGUCUGAAUGGCCUCAUCUCCAAGUUGUGCGUCUAGAAGGCCGUGACAAGAGGUUUAGUUUUGACUGGGACGGAGAGUAUUUAGAUUUUGAAGACUUGUCCGCCAUUAUGAAUGAGCCCAAGUAUUCUCUGCUGCACUGGCAAGUUAUUCUCGACAACGCAAAAACCGGUGGAUGCGAAUCUUCGCUUGAGAUACGUCUCCUGAGCUCGGCAAGUAGCCAACUUCGCGAGGAGCUUGCUGCCAGAGUAAAGACGUUUGUCCAUGCCGUGGAGACAAACGAACACAAAUUCAAGUUGGUUUUUGUAACAGACGGAGAUGAGUUGGAAAGAAGUGUUACUGGUAGAAAGGUUAUCAAGUUUGUCAAUAGAUGUAGCUAAAAAAUAUACGUAGCUAGACAGUGUAGCUACAGAGUAUAUUUGUACUACAGACUGUCCAUUUGAAU